AUGUCUCGUCGUCCUCCAAAAGGCGAGUACAUCGAGACCGACACUGGUAACAAAGUCGCCCGUAAGGCCGUCCUCGUCGGAACUCAAAACAUCAUGCUCGGCGGCAAAACCGUCAUCCAACCCGAAGUCAUGAUCAGAGGCGAUCUCGCACGCACCGUCACCGCAUCUUCCUCCGGCAGCGCACCAGCCAAUAACACUGCCGUCGCUAUAGGCCGAUACUGCUUCCUCGCACGGGGCGUCUUGCUGCGUCCACCAGGCCGCAUGUACAAGGGCGCCUUUACAUAUAUGCCGCUGCGCAUAGGAGACCACGUAUUUGUUGGCCAGGGGACUAUCGUUCAGGCUGCUGCGGUGGGAAACCAUGUGCAGAUCGGAAAGGGGUGUACUAUCGGCGAGUUUGCCAUUCUCAAGGACUACGUUCAGGUUCUCGACGGGACGGUCGUGCCGCCUAACAUGGUCAUUCCUAGUUUCUCAAUUGUUGCGGGUCAACCGGCCAAGGUUAUCGGGGAGAUUCCUGAGGGGGGACAUGAGGAGUUUGAGUUGAGGGAUAUGUACAAGACUGUUGGAAACAAUCCUCAACCACCAGCGUCAUGA